GUUACACGGAAACACGAGCCGAGCGAGAGCCGGAAACAAGGAGGAAACAGAAGAACGGGGUCACUGGGGUUUUCCACCAACGAGGAAGGCUUGAAGAAGAAGGUGAGACAGAAACAGAACAAACCAGAAGCUCCAGACUCGAGAAGGAAACAUGAGGUGCAGCUCCGAGGACAAAUAUUUCAGCGGAGGACAAUGCUGCGAUCGAUGUGAUGCAGGAAAAUUCCUGAAGUCCGCCUGCAACGGCACGAAGCCCAGCGAGUGUUUAGAGUGUGGACGUGAAUCUUAUACGGCAACCAAGAACCACGGCAGCAAGUGUUUACCGUGCAGAAAAUGUAGCGAAAGCAACCACCAGAAGACAAUGCUGGAGUGCUUGGCCGAUCGGAACGCAGUGUGCGAGUGUCUUCCUGGGUUCUUCUGCGCCAACCAGGAGUGUGAUCACUGCCAGCUGGCCAGCCGGUGUCCUCCUGGAGAAGGAGUCCAGGUUCCAGCUACUCGCACCAACAACACGAUCUGCUCCCCGUGUGGAGACGGAACCUUCAGCAACGUGACGGAUUUACAGUCAGCCUGUAAACCACACACCAGGUGUGAAGACUUUGGAAGAAUCCAGCUCCGUGCUGGAACCUCGAGGACCGACGCCGUCUGUGGAGACUUCAAAACCCAGUGUUCGUGGAUGCUGCCUGCAGGUCUGUGGUCGGGACUCGUGCUGACUGUCCUGGUGCUGGUUCUCGUCUUCGUGUUGUGGAGAUCAAAGCGUGGAUCUUACAGAGCAGCCUCCUCCAAAGGUCCAGUUUCUCCUGCAGCGAUGGCUCCAGCUCCACCCGUCACUCAGGAGGAAUUUUUUUCUCACUGCCAGGAAACCUGCAUCUCAGACACCUGUAAAAUACCCAUAUUCAACCCAGCUGAUGAAGAUGAAGCUGUGAUCAGCGUCCAGGACAGCAGCGAGGACACCAGCCUCCCCAUCACGCCUUUCAAAGCCUCCGUCUCAUUCGCUGAGUCCGCUCACAUGAACGGCAGCACCGCUUACUGCUCCGGAAACUUCCUCAGGUCUUAUUCUGAGCCUCAGGAGGACGAAUACUGUGGAACAUAAACCUCUGGAUGCUGAGGAACUUGCAGCUGUUUCAACUAUUUAUACCAAACUGAAGGACUCUGAGCAGGAUUUGCUGCCACCUGCUGGACUUGGGCUGUAUCUGCUCAGCCUGGACAUUGGUCUGAAAUGAAGGAGCUUCACAAGUGAUGCAGUCAUCUAUGGAGGACAAUCUGUAUUUAUUUUAACUCUGAUGGGACGGUGAAGUGAUGGCAGUAAUAAACCUGAUUGUGUCUCAGCUCCACUGUUCAGAAACUAUUAAAACUGUUCUGUUGCAUCGACUCA